AUGGUUUUUGUAGUCCUUGUUCUAAUAAUAAAAGCUAAACAAAUACAUGAAGGUGGUCAAUAUAAUCCACCUUAUCCACUUCUUACUGUUAUCAAUUCAUUAUUUAAUGCACUUCUCAUUGAUUCAAAUAUAAAUCCAUCUUUUUUUAAUACCUAUCCUAAUCGUCAUAAUGUUCAUAUUAUACAUGAUUUUAUUUGUCCAUUUAAUGGAUAUAGUUUAUCACCACUUUCAAACUUAUUAAAAUCAUUCAAUUAUAUUCAUGUUGAAGUUGACUUUUGGAAUAUUAUUUAUAUUCAAUGUCAAAUAGUUGAAUCAAUUCAAAUUCAAAUACCUGCAAAUGAUGAUAUUACAUGUUAA